AUGAAUUUUAAAGCCACUAAGGCUAGCUUAGUGGUGAGGGAGGGAUGGGAAAAGGGAGAGGAUGGGAGGCUUAAAGGUUGUAAGGUUGCUAAUGGUGCUACGGUUAUAUCUCAUAUGUUUUUUGCCGAUGAUAGUUAUGUCUAUUGUCGUGCAAAUAAUAGAGAGGCUUCGAAUAUAUUACAUCUGCUUCAGUUAUUUGAGAUCGCUUCUGGUCAACAGGUUAAUUUCAGUAAGUCCUCUGUCUUCUUCAGUACUAAUGUGCCUAAUGCUACUCGGGACCGAUUGUGUGGGAUCCUUAGAAUGAGACUUGCGGAUGAACAUAGUACUUAUCUUGGCCUCCCUUGUGUCAUGGGAAGAAAUAAGGAUGCCAUUUUGGGGUUUUUGAAGGACAAAAUGCAGAAGCGCAUUCAAGGCUGGGAGGGUCGUAUUUUGUCAACCGCUGGGCAUGAAGUCCUAAUAAAAACUGUAGCACAAGCUUUGCCAAGCUUUGCUAUGUCAAUGUUCUUAUUGCCUUUGAAAACUUGUUCACAUUUGGAAAGCCUUAUGUCUAAGUAUUGA